AUGCACGCCCCAUCAGUCAUCAGCCUCCUGGUCUCUGGCCUCGCCGCGUCCUCGGUCGCCGGCUUCGAGCUCAACGCCCCAGGAGUUUCCCUGUCUCGCCGCAGCGUCGCCCUCGUCGCUGCUGCUGUUGGGCCCGCUCUUGCGCUCCCCGCUGACAUCUCCAUCGAGGCCCGUCACCACCAGGGUAAGGGCAAGAAGAAGAACAAGGCGGCGGCUGCUGCUGCCAAGCGCCAGGAGGAUGAGGACGAGGAUGAGGAUGAGCUCGAGGAGCGCAGCCUUGAGGCCCGUCACCACCAGGGCAAGGGCAAGAAGAAGAACAAGGCCGCUGCUGCUGCCGCUGCCAAGCGCCAGGAGGAUGACGAGGAUGAGGAGGACGACCUAGAGGAGCGCAGCCUCGAGGCCCGUCACCACCAGGGCAAGGGCAAGAAGAAGAACAAGGCCGCCGCCGCUGCCCGUGACGUCGAGGAGCUCGAGUCUCGCGAGCCCCACCACCAGGGCAAGGGCAAGAAGAAGAACAAGGCCGCCGCUGCCGCUCGCGAUGUUGAGGAGCAGCUCGAGACCCGCGAGCCCCACCACCAGGGCAAGGGCAAGAAGAAGAACAAGGCUGCUGCUGCUGCCGCCCGCGACGUCGAGGAGACCGAGCAGCUCGAGACCCGUGAGCCCCACCACCAGGGCAAGGGCAAGAAGAAGAACAAGGCCGCUGCUGCUGCCCGUGACGUCGAGGAGACCGAGCAACUUGAGACUCGCGAGCCCCACCACCAGGGUAAGGGCAAGAAGAAGAACAAGGCUGCCGCCGCCGCCGCUCGUGACGUCGAGACCACUGAGCAGCUCGAGACCCGUGAGCCUCACCACCAGGGCAAGGGCAAGAAGAAGAACAAGGCUGCUGCCGCCGCCCGUGAUGUUGAGGAGCAGCUCGAGACCCGCGAGCCUCACCACCAGGGCAAGGGCAAGAAGAAGAACAAGGCCGCUGCCGCUGCCGCCGCCGCUAACUAA